GAAAGAAAAAAAGAAGUGGAAGAGGGGACUGUGGUUAGUUGAUUUGGGAAUAUUCGCGACUCUGUUUCCAUCUCCGUCUCUCUCGCUCUCUCCAAGUUUCAAGUUCGACUUAUGGCUGCAGCGAUGUCUUCUACUUGUUGCGCUUCUUCGCUUCGUCUUGUCCCCAUCAAACAAACCUUUUUUUGUUCUGUUCAAUUUCCGGCCAAGUCCCUGAUUAAGCGACCGCUAAAACCGUCGGAACUCCCUUCGUUUCGUCGGACGAUCGUCACGUUCCAGAAAAUUUCAACCAGAACCGUUCCUCCACCAUCAGCUGCAUCUUCAUCAUCUCCGUCGGAUUCUGGAAACUUGGAAGAGCUUCCUCCGAAGCUACAAGAGAUCGUCAAGCUAUUCCAAUCGGUACAAUUGCCCAAGGCUAAAUACGAGCAGCUUCUUUUCUACGGGAAGAAUCUUAAACCUCUCGAUUCUCAAUUCAAGACGAGGGAGAAUAAAGUUGAAGGAUGCGUUUCCCAGGUUUGGGUUAGGGCUUUCUUCGAUGAGCAACGCAACGUUGUCUAUGAAGCUGAUUCUGAUUCCCUUCUCACUAAAGGGUUAGCUGCUCUUUUAGUCCAGGGUUUAUCUGGAAGACCUGUGCCUGAGAUUUUGAGGCUUACACCUGAUUUCGCUGUUCUUCUCGGUUUGCAGCAGAGUCUGUCUCCUUCUAGAAACAAUGGAUUCCUUAAUAUGCUUAAGUUGAUGCAGAAAAAAGCUCUUCUUUUGGAAGUCAAAGGUGAGGAGGAUUCAAGUUCUGGAGAGAGUUCAGAAUUCAGCUUCGUACCUACACCUGAAACAAACGGUGGAGCAAGUGUUGUUGACAAGGAUACGGAGUCCCAGCCUAGUUUAGUUGAGGAUUUAGGAACACAAGAGAUUGAAGAUUCUGUCAGUGGGUCAGAUGCUAUUGCUUUAGGGAGUAGAGGGGUGAGGAUAAGAGAGACACUGGAGAAGGAGUUAAAUCCUGUUGAGUUAAAAGUUGAUGAUGUUUCCUACCAGCACGCAGGACAUGCCGCUGUUAGAGGUAGUGCUGGUUAUGAUGGGGAAACACAUUUCAACUUGCGAAUAGUUUCGGAUGCUUUCCAAGGUAAAAGCUUGGUCAAGAGGCAUAGGCUGAUUUAUGACUUGUUGCAAGAGGAGUUAAAGAGCGGCUUACAUGCUCUCUCUAUCGUGGCGAAGACUCCUGCUGAGGUUUGAAGGUGAAGCAAUGGAAGAAGUCAGGUUUUGACUGAUGUCUACGCUUUGAGAGUUCUCAAGGGAUGAAUAGGAUCAGCGAAUGCUCAAGCUUGUUCUCCAUAUGGCUAAUUAUGAAUCGUUAGGAUCACAUCACCUUGGGAAAGUAGAAUGGAAUUAAGGGAGCAACGUGGUAUUUUCAUGUUCACCAUUAGACAUGUCAAGUUUCUUGUUCAUUUCUCAUUCUUCUUGAUACUCAAAGUUGGUAUUGUCUAAUCAAUUGAUACUAGUUAGUUUGAGGGACUGCAGAAAAAAGAAAGAGAUUUGGUUGCUUUACUUCUUUCUUUCUGAAAGUAGUUUCAGAUGAUCCCUGUUUCAGUCCACCGUUAGACAUGUGAUGUUUCUUAAAGCCCCAUUAGGUGAGACUUGUGGGGUAUUUUAUAUACAAUCAGCUUUACAUGUCUGUCUAUGAAACCAGUUGUGGUUUUAGCCAACCAAUUUCUGCUUAACUUUUCUCUCCCUGAGACCAUUGUAUCUCAUAUCAAAACUUUCCUGGAGAAAAUAUUAAUUUUAGUUGGGAUUUUGAAUUUUAAAAUCCUCUA